GGCCGCUAUACUGCCUGUCCCUCCCGCGGCUGCGACAGCUGGCAAACAGGAGCCGGCGGCUUCCCAGAAGCCGCGGUAUCUCGCCCGGCCGCGUGACGGCAGCACUGGCGCCGCUCUUAAGACCCGCCGGCGGCCGAGCGACGGAGCAGUGCUCCUCCGGGUCUCGGAGAUGGUAGACGUCGGAGCCGUGUUGCUGAUAGCGUGCGCCGCGGCGCUCGUGCGCGGAGACGGCGUGGCCCAGGACACCAGGGGGGCCUGGGGGCGGGUCCCCAGGACAGCAGCGAGGCAGCAAGAGCAGUCAGCAGCCGGGCGAGUACCAUCUCCCCCCUUCGCCAGCCAGCUCAAGGACAAGCCUCCUGCAGCGGACAAGGCGAAGAACGAACAGGAUCUUCCUUCAAGCGGAGUUGUUGAGAUCUCGCCCCUGAUAGUAAACGGAACAGCAGCUUCUGCUGGGGAAUAUCCUUACGUGGUGUCCAUACAGAAGUUUGGCAUCCACUACUGUGCCGGCACCAUUGUCAACGAGGACUGGAUACUCACAGCUGCCCACUGCGUGGAUGACGAGCUGGCGAGUGACCUGGUCGUGGUGGCCGGCUCGGUGCGGCUGAGCCAAGGGGGAGUGGCCAGAGGCGUGGACUACUACCUCAAGCACUCCCGCUUCAACGCCAGCAACGCCUACGAGAACGACAUCGCCGUCAUCAAGUUGGCCAGCCCGCUCGCGAUGUCGGCCAGUGUCCGGACAGUGGCGCUCCCAGCGGCGGUCCAGCACACUCCAGGAGGGGUGGUUGCCACCGUCGUGGGCUGGGGGCUGCUCUACACGGACGGACCAACCUCGGACCUGCUGCAGAAGGUGGACCUGGUGACCUUCAGCGACGCCGCCUGCCAAGAGGCGCUGUCUGGGUACCCUCACGCGCACAACCUCUGCGCGGGCUGGCCCUCAGGCGGCAAGGGCCACUGCUCGGGGGACUCUGGGGGUCCCUUGUUGGUGUCCGGGGUGCAGGUGGGCAUAGUCUCCUGGUCCGUCAAGCCCUGCGCCUCGCAGGGGUACCCUGGCGUCUACAUCGAGACGUCCUUCUUCGCGUCCUGGAUCAGGCGUCACACGCAGGACUAGUCCCUGGCCGUCAUCUGCGCCGGACACCUCCAGGCUCCUGUGCUGGUGGCCGGGGUGGUGUGGAGAUGUACAACCCCCUUCCCCCACCCCAAGUCCUUAACAAUUCAACAUUCCCACCAACAAGAGGAAAUAAACGGAUGCCACAUGUGGCGCUGCACGA